UAGUAGAAAUAAAUAUAUAUAUAUAUUUGGAAGAUCAUAGGUAUGGGUGCAGCAAUUUCCCUUCCCAUGACACUCGUCUCGAGUGGGACAUGUUUGUGCAUGAGUUCGGUUUGUAGUUCCAUUGGCGGAACAUAUAAAUCUUCUAUAAUGACCAGAAUAACCUAUGCGUUUAUCCUUCUAAUAAAUUCACUUUUAUCGUGGAUAGCUUUUUCUCCAUUCAUAAUACACCGAUUGGAAAAGGCGACGUUUGGAUUUGUGAAUAUAAAAUGCGGUCCUGAUGGUAGUGAAUGUAUAAGUUUUACUUCGGUAUACCGAAUCAAUUUUGCCUUGGGUAUAUUCCACUUGAUAUUGGCUACUUUAUUAAUCAAUGUUAAAUCUACUUCUAACCCUAGAGCGGUUAUUCAAAAUGGGUGUUGGAGACUCAAGAUUAUUGCUUGGAUUUCAUUAAUUGCAUUGAAUUUUUUUUUAAUCCCCGAUACUUUUUUCAUUUUUUAUGGUAACCAUAUUGCAAUUAUAUUUUCAACAAUCUUCAUUGGAAUUGGAUUGAUUCUUUUAGUUGAUUUUGCUCAUGCCUGGGCAGAAAAGUGUUUGGAGAAGAUUGAACUAGAAGAACUCACUGGUGAAGAUGAGUAUAGUGCUGGAUUUUGGAAAAAAUUACUUAUUGGAGGCACUUUGGGUAUGUAUAUCUCGAGUAUUGUUUUGAUUAUUAUCAUGUACAUUUUCUUUGCUGGUAAAGGAUGUAGCAUGAAUCAAACGUCCAUUACUUUAAAUUUGAUAUUUGCCAUAUUAAUAUCUGGUUUAUCUAUCAAUCCGAAAAUUCAAGAAUUUAAUCCCCAUGCCGGUUUGGCUCAAUCGUCGAUGGUCGUUUUCUAUUGUACUUACUUAGUGAUGAGUGCUGUUGCUUCGGAACCUGAUGACAAAAUGUGUAAUCCUUUGGUUAGAUCAAAGGGAACCAGGACGGUAAGUAUCGUUUUAGGUGCCCUUUUCACUUUCCUUGCCGUUGCUUAUACUACCACUAGGGCAGCUGCAAAUUCUGCUUUUUUUGAUUCCGAUAGUACAGAAUUAGGUGGUGGAGGUGAUGGAUACAUCAGUUCCCAACCUUCGGCUCGUAAUGAAAUGAGAUACCAAGCUAUAAGACAAGCUGUCAACGAAGGUCUGUUACCUGAAAGUGCUUUAUCUCAACUCGAUAUGUACGAUGAUGAAACAGAAGAUUCUUCAAAUGUUCAUGAUGAAGAAAGACUGAAGGUUAAGUAUAAUUACGUUUUGUUUCACAUCAUCUUCUUUUUGGCCACUCAAUACGUCGCUACCUUAUUGACCAUCAAUGUCCAACAAGAUGACUUGGGUGAUUUUGUCCCCGUUGGUAGAACCUAUUUCUCUAGUUGGGUCAAGAUUAUAAGUUCCUGGGUCUGUUACAUUCUCUACGGCUGGAGCUUGGUAGCCCCUUCCAUAUGGCCUGAAAGAUUCGGAGUCAGUUUGUAGAUAACCAAACAAACAAUAUAUUCUCCAAUUAUUCAAAUAAACGAUCUACCCAUCAAUCAUUCAACUAAAUGUAGUCUCCAACCCCAGUCAUUACAACACGCCCGUGCACCGCGAAAGACGAAAUUCUCUGCU